CUUUGCUGGAAGCUGAUGUGAAAAAGUACUUAAACACCUGAAUAGUUGUUGCAAAACUCAAAACUUGUAUAGACCGCCUGUUUAUAAAAAGUGGUUAGAGCAGAUUCAUAGAUCUUAAAUCAAACACCACGUGACAAGGAAUAAAUUGAUCGCAAUUUUAAGUAUGCCACUUAAGAACUCAGAUACAACACAUAUCAUAGAAGAAAAGGAUGAAUAUGAAGCCAAACGAUAUGCAGAAUAUUUAUACGAAGCCAAAGACGACAUUGUAAAGAAAUACAAUUUACAUGAAAUAGAAGAAAGGCUAACAGAGGCUUUGAACUACAACUUGCUACAUGGUGAACUUAUGGGUCUGAAAAUGUUACUGCCCGCCUACAAAGAACUUGUCAAACAAAAGGAUUUGCAAGAGCACCAGCUUAAAUCAGUUCACAUCUUAGGAUGGUGCGUGGAAUUGAUGAUACGAACUUUUAUGAUAAACGAUGACAUUAUGGAUAAAAGCACUAUGAGAUAUGGACGACCCUGUUGGUAUACAAUGGAAAAUAUUGGAAUGAGUGCUGUCAAUGAUUGCAUUAUAUUUGAAAAUCUCUGUUAUCAUUUGCUGGCUAAGCAUUUCCGCAAUACCGAGUUCUAUGUGGACAUGAUGGAAAUGUUUCAUGAAGUGAUGUUAAUAACAUCAUGUGGCCAAUGCAUGGAUAUGGUGGCUGGUCAAAGGCCAAUGGCCUCAUUUACCAAGAAUGCCUAUAGGCAUUUGACCCAUGUCAAGACAGCCCACUGUGCCUUGUAUAUGCCGUUUGCAUCGGCCAUGUAUUUGGCAGGCAUUAAAAAUCCCUUGGCUUUUCGGCAAAUAAAAUCUAUAUGCUUGGAAAUGGGUUACUUUUCUCAAGCCCAAAAUGACGUUUUCGAUUGUUUUGUUAAUGAAAAAGAAACGGGCAAUAUUGGAACCGAUAUUGAGGAGAACAAAUUAUCUUGGCUGGCUGUGGAAUGCAUGCUAAGGGCUACUGAUGACCAAAAGCGCAUCAUUGAAGAGUGCUAUGGCAAAAAAGAUCCCGUAAAAGUUCAACAGGUCAUAAAGCUUUACCAUGAUCUUCAGCUGUUGGAGGUGUAUAGGGAUUUUGAAGUGGAAUCACUCAAAAACAUUGAGACACAAUUACAACAGGCUACACAUGAAGUACCGCGAAAGGCAGUUUUGGAAGUCCUAAAUAGAAUUCGAAAACGUGAUAUAGUAAAAUAUGUUUGAUCUUAUAUAUAAAAAUCAA